AUGCAGCGGUGGCUGGCGACAAAGCCCAAGGGGUUUAUCGAUCCGUCGAAGCAGUACGAUACGUCGUUAGAAGAUCAGCUCUUAGCGGAGAUAGAAGAAAAAGAGCAGCAGAGGGGGCAGGAGGCAUCAACGGGAGGAGGGAACAAGCCGGGAGGCAGCGCGGGGGAGAAGGCGGGUGAGAGGAAAGGGGAGUCACACGGGGAAAAGAGGGGAAGGAGCAGUCAAGGAGUGUUAGACUCGCCUGCAAAAGGGAAGAAGGCCAACACAGACUCGGACCUCCCAUCGUCAGCCAUCAAGGUUCGCGUCUCCGGGCUGCCCAAGAAGAAAAAGAUCGGCAGGGAUUUGCGGGCAGCGUGGAACGGGCAGCCCGGGCUGCUGAAAAUAAUUCCCAUGGAGUCCGGAUCCUCUAGCACGCGCGACCCGGUGUGCACUGGGAGUGCUGUGGUGGCUUUUGCGAAUAUUUCAGCGGCUCAGAGCACGCGCGACCCGGUGUGCACUGGGAGUGCCGUGGUGGGCUUUAAGGAUAUGGCAGCGGCUCAAAGGCUCAUGCAGCAGUACAAUCGCUCUGCCCCCAUCCGCUUUGGUCAGAAGGAGAAGGACGUUUCAUGCAAGCUCAUUCUUGGCUCUGCUGCUGAAUCGCUCUCCCCUCCCCUCCCCUCUUCCCCUCCUCCUCUCCCCCUCUCCCCUCCUCCCCCCCUCCUCUUCCCCCCCCCAUCAGGUUCAUGCAGCAGUACAAUCGCUCUGCCCCCAUCCGGUUUGGACAGAAGGAGAAGGACGUUUCGUGCAAGCUCAUAG